AGGUAUUGGACAUCUUCUGAGAUUUGCCAAGGAUCCGGUGGACCAACUCCGGGUGUUGAGAAAACAAUAUGGCGAUGUGUUCAAGGUCUACAUGGGGACCAUGCCAGUUGUGUUCAUCAAUGGAUAUGACGUGGUUCAUGAAGUACUACAUGUCAGGGGGGCUGAAUUCGCGCAACGCCCCCAAACAUUUAUUGCCGACAGGUUGGCGGACCAUAAAGGUAAAUUGAUUAGAGAAUUUUUUAAAACAUUUCUGUUUAUAAAUUUGUUGAGCAGAUAUAAAUUGUUUCUGUACGUAACGUGUUUAAAACCAACCUUCUGUUUCUCCUACUCUUGCUCAUCAACAUAACUUAAUGUAGAAUCUAGAAGUGUCAAAAUGUGCGCUCAUCAACACAACUUAAAAUGCAGAAUCUAGAAGUGUCAAAAUAUGCGCUCACCAACAUAGCCUUAUGUACAAUCUAUACGUGUCAAAUGUGCGCUUAUUAACGUAACCUAAUGUAGAACUUGAAGUUUCAAAAUGUGCACUCAUAAUCAUAACCUUUAUUUAGUUUCUAGAAGGGUCAAAAUAUGUGCUCAUUAAAUAACCUUUAUGUAGAGCCUGUAGUGUCAAAAUCUGGCUAAAACAAACUUUGUGUCAUAACAGUUACAGUGAACUUAUUGUAUUUUGAAUUCUUUUGUAGCACCAUGUGUUUAAGAAAUUCUAACUUGAUGAAAUGCAUAAUGUUGAACGAUACUAUCAAGGGGCAUAUUACUAGUAUAUUUUUGUAUGCAGCUCUGCAAUCAUUAUCUGUAGUCGAUUCUGUACAUGGUAUUGGGCGAUGUUAAAAUAAUUCUUUUUAACGUGCCUGACUUUUUCAAUGUGCCAUGUUGUAAUACAAACAGUGUUAAUGAACCCAAACAAUCAUUUUCCUCCCCUAGGUUUGUUAAACACAAGUGGACAUGUCUGGACGGAGCAGAAGCAAAAUAUUGUGAAGACGUUACGCAAGCUGACCGCAGCUGGUGGACUCUUGGAGCGCUACAUGGAGACUGCUUUGAACAAUUUGGCUGACAACUUCAACUGUCUGAUACAGAAGGGGGAGGGUGGACAAGUCGAUGUUGCACCUGUGUUGAAGAGGUCCGUUUGCUCAAUAUCCUUCGCCAUGGCAUAUGGACGUCAACUGGAUCUAAAUUCGGACCUACUGUUGUCCUACACGGAAAUGAUUGAGCAGUUUUUGGGGUAAAUAUCUUAGAUUUAAAAAAAAACAAAAAAAAAACAAUGCUAUCAUAAUAUUUGAAACACUUGACACACCCACACACACACAAACACACACACACACGCUCGCGCACACACAUAUGUCUACGUACUUUUAUUUAAUAGUUAAAUGUUGAAACAAGAAAUGGUCAACAUUAAAUUACUGAAAGAGAUUACACAUUUACAUCUCUUACAUAUUUAAUCAGAGGCGUCUUUAGAGUUUGUGUCAACCGGUGCGGUAAUCGCAUGGCGUAACUCCUCACAUAGCCUUCCAUUCUUAUUUCAAAAACCUCCCCCUUCCCCCCUGCUCUGUGCAAGUCUUAACCACAUUAUACAGAAUCUCCAAUAGCAUUGUUCGUAAGACAAGUUGAGUAUAUUGAAUUUGAGGAAACAGCGUUAGAAAAAAUUGCGUCAAAAGUACUUUGCUUUUAAAUAUAAAUAUCAACAGAGAAGGUUCAACAGGAAGUCGUGGUGCUGUGACGCCAUGAGUUUCUGGCAGCGACUCUUGUGACGCCAUGAGUUUCUGGCAGCGACUCUUGUGACAGCAAAGAGAUUAAACAAUGAUUAAACCUCCCUUACACUCAUUAGCUGACUCCUAAAUUAGAGCGCCACUAACUCAUAUGACUUAACUUAAGGCAAAGCGAAAACCGUACCAAACGUUAUGACGGAACCCUGCUCUAGUGGCAACCUGUUUUUCUUAAGGUACUCGAUUCUGCUGGCUCUCGAUCGUAUGGCAUACUCUUCUUGUAAUUAAAUUAGAUAUGAAAUGAGUCCGACGUGAGCGAGCUCUCGCAAAUUUACAAUUUUACAAAUUGGUUGUCAUUAGAGUUACCAACCGUCAGAAAAUUUAGCAAUAAAAGUUCAACAUUUUCAUUGUCCGUAACAAUUGCGCACAUUUAGAAUAUUUGUCCGGUAAUUUAUUUUUCUUGAGUAUGCAACCUUGGGUGUCACCCCCUCCUCCCCUUUGAUGUUGCCACCAGGUGCGGCCCGCAUCCCCAAAACUCCCUAGUGACGUCACUCUAUUUAACAUAUUUGUAUGUGAGUACAAGGCGAUUAAACGAACGAGUGUGGGAACCAAAAAAAAAACGUAUGGCUGCAAAGUGAGAACUGCUGAGUGAACUGUUUCCCUACUAACACAAUUUGUUCACUAUUAAGUAUGAGCACUCCAGAAAAAGACUACGCUGAGACACUUGAGGAUUUAUUUUAAAAAAAAAACUCAUGUUAUAAUAUGUCACGUGAGCCUCACUUAUAACUUUUGUGGCUGGAUGUCACGUGUGUCCACGCCUGGCUUCAACUAUCGUACCAUGAAGUCAUAAUCAGUCCCUUCCAGAACCUUCCUUGAUUGUUUGAAUUAUUGGUUCACCUUUCGCAAAAAAAUAAAUAAUUAAUUAAACUUAUAAAAUUAUGUUGUAAGAAAUAUGUUUGAUGUCCCCUCAAUAGAAAUAAUUCCUAAAAGUUUAAAUUGCAUAAACACACACUAAUUUUGUUUCAUAUGUUUGUCUUCUUUUUUUUAAAACUAAGUGACAAAAGCUUGCAAAUUUUUCUAGGAUGGGCUCGUCUGCUUAAUAAUUUAAUCAUCAAGUACAAGUCUGCCAAUCUAUGCUUCAACUCGUUCACUGACCCUCACUUUCCUGUCUAUCUCUCUGAACUGUUGCUUCCUUACAUCCCCACAAGACAACUACGCUCUUCCAUGUUCUGGAACCAGCUCCCCUUCCAUAUCCGUCAUUGUGAAACUUCGUCCACUUUCAAAAAGUCCCUUAAAACCCAUUUGUUUAGGUGCGCCUAUGACCUGUGAUGCACCCUCCUUGCCCUGCCUCAUUUUCUGUUCCUGUAGUAUAGGCCAAAACGUGCCAAAGUGUCCUCGUUUUAUAGCCAUUUUAAUUGUUUCUAUAGUAUAGUAGUUACUAUCCUAAUGUCUCAUUUUUAUUUUACUUAGUUUACAUGUUUUAAUAAUUGUAAAGCGCUUAGAGACUUAAGGUUAGAGCUAUUUAAAAAUGCCUAAAUAAAUAAAUUGGAAACUACAAUAAACUAUAACUUCAAGAGAGAAAAACAAACGGUAAAAUAAACAGUUUAUAAUUUUAUUUCAUUAGAAAACAAUGUUUAAGGUUAUGUCAACAUCCACAUAGAGCCAUCAGCGUGACGCUACACGAUAUUACUAUAUUCAUUUAGUAUUCAUUUAGAGAGCACGACUAUUGCACAGCUGGCGCAUGCUCAAAGUUGAGCUGAGACAUCCGGUCAUGGGGGCAUCUAGCAUGGCGUAUGAGGGGGGGGGGACUGUGGCAGGAUGUCUCUGGUGGGCGUGUAGCAAGACGUCUUGGGGCAUCUAGCAAGCAUUGUAGGGCGUGUAGCAGGAUAUUUCUAUGGACGUGUUGCAAGUCGUCUGGGGUGUGUAGCAAGACGUCUUGGACGUGUAACAAGACGUCUGGGGCGUGAGGCAGGAUAUCUCAUUAAAAAUUGUUCAUGUUGCUCUUUCUUUGUAUUGCAUUUUUUACUUGAUUUAAGUAAAGGUUUAAUUGGACAUCACUUAUUUUGCUAACAGUUGUCUAAACAUGGCCGUUAUGACCACGUUCAUUCCGUACAUACAUCUACUACCCAAAGACCCUGUGGGAUACAGAAAAUGUAAGAAGCUGUCAUUGACGAUUGAGCGGGACUUUGUGACACCUGAGCUGGAGAGACUGGCUAAGGUACAGUCGAACAAGGUAAAUGGAAGCUUGAAAUAGAGAGACAAGACAUUUUAAAAGCGUACUUAUUAACAUUAAUUUCAUUAAUUAAGGAAUUCUCGACAGGAGAGACGAUUCCAGUUUAUCCUUAAACACUCUAUAAAUUCUGCAAAUUACAAGAGAAAUUAAGGAUAAUUACAUAAGCACAUGACUAUCAUAUCAAUAUCGCAUUAGUAUCAAAUCACCAUCCCAUUAUUAUCAUAUCCCCAUAGCAUCAGUACCAAUCACCACAUAAAAGCAUGACAUAAAAGUGUUGAAUCUGUACAUUCAAACAGUUCUCAAAAAAUGGUGUUUGUUGCUUUUCAAAUUUUUUUUAUUUUCAAUUUAUCACGAAUUUCUAGUAAUACGUUGUUUGGUGCAACUUUAAAAAAAUUUAAAACAGCCACUUGCUAAACGCAGGUUAUCUAAUGACUCAUUUGUUGACAGAUGUACGCAAAAGACCAGACACCCCAGGCAUCAAACAACAACUCGAGCAGCAAUGGAUCUCCUUCCACUUUGUGUUUCGCUGGAGCUUACAUUGAAGAGAUGAAUGACAAAAGGCGGAAGGAUAUCUCCACAAUACUGUCAGGUGUGUAUCGGAAUUGAGAAAAUAACUUUUGUAUUAAUGUGGUUCAUCUUUAUUUUUAUUUUGUACGUAUUUGAGUGAUAUAAAUAAUUUUAAUUUCACUUAUGUAAAAAUUGAUAUUGUGUAAUAAUUAUUAUUGUUUUAAUUUUUUUUAAAUAAAAUAAAUUCUUAUUAUUUUUAAAGUUUGACAAAAAUAGAAAUGAUUCUUUCUUGAAACAUCAUCCCUUAAAUUCUAUCGCUCCACAGAUGAGCAUCUUCCGAAAACGAUCUCAGAAAUAAUGCUUGGAAGCUUUGACACCAUCACCCCGACUUUGGAGUGGUUCUUAAUCUACAUGACCCACCACCAGGACGUCCAGAAGCGAUGCAGACAGGAGAUUCACAAGUUUUUGGCGAAUGACAGUCUCGAUGCGUCAGGCAUAUCACAGCUGGCCUACACACGGGCCACCAUCAUGGAAGUACAGAGGCACGCAAACAUAGGUAACUUGGUGCAAACAAUCAACAUUGUGUCAUUUAAAUGAAAUGUGUUUCAAAGGUUACAUGUGAAUUAUUUGCUGUAUGAUGGGAUUUUUAGAGUAUACGGAUAAUUAGGAUUUUACAUAAACUUAUGAAAAAAUGGCUACAUAAUAAAAGGAUGGUUGAAGAGAAUAUUGAGUGUUUUGCAGUGUGGUGGAAAGGAGUGUUUAGUAACUUACUUAAUCAAAUUUUAAAUACUUGUAUAUGCCAUGUUAUAUUAAAUGCAUAUCUUGAUAUUUUCUAAAGUCCCCAUGCCCCCCUGCCACACGUCUGACAAGGACACACACAUCAACGGGUACUUCAUCCCGAAGAACACGGCAAUCAUUCGCAAAAGACCAGACACCCCAGGCAUCAAACAACAACUCGAGCAGCAAUGGAUCUCCUUCCACUUUGUGUUUCGCUGGAGCUUACAUUGAAGAGAUGAAUGACAAAAGGCGGAAGGAUAUCUCCACAGUACUGUCAGGUGUGUAUCAGAAUUGAGAAAAUUACUUUUGUAUUAAUGUGGUCAUCUUUAUUUUAAUUUUGUAUGUAUUUGAGUGAUAUAAAUAAUUGUUAAUUUCACUUAUAUAAAAAAUUGAUAUUGUCUAAUAAUAAUUAUUGUUUUAAUUUUUUUUAAAUAAAAUAAAAUCUUAUUAUUUUUAAUGUUUGACAAAAAUAGAAAUUAUUCUUUCUUGAAACAUCAUCCCUUAAAUUCUAUCGCUCCACAGAUGAGCAUCUUCCGAAAACGAUCUCAGAAAUAAUGCUUGGAAGCUUCGACACCAUCACCCCGACUUUGGAGUGGUUCUUGAUCUACAUGACCCACCACCAGGACGUCCAGAAGCGAUGCAGACAGGAGAUUCACAAGUUUUUGGCGAAUGACAGUCUCGAUGCGUCAGGCAUAUCACAGCUGGCCUACACCCGGGCCACCAUCAUGGAAGUACAGAGGCACGCAAACAUAGGUAACUUGGUGCAAACAAACAACACUGUGUCAUUUAAAUGAAAUGUAUUUCAAAGGUUACACGUGAAUUAUUUGCUGAAUGAUGGGAUUUUUAGAGUAUAAGGAUAAUUAGGAUUUUAGAUAAACUUAUGAAAAAAUGGCUACAUAAUAAAAGGAUGGUUGAAGAGAAUAUUGAGUGUUUUGCAGUGUGGUGGAAAGGAGUGUUUAGUAACUUACUUAAUCAAUUUUAAAUAGUUGUAUAUGCCAUGUUAUAUUAAAUGCAUAUCUUGAUAUUUUCUAAAGUCCCCAUGCCCCCCUGCCACACGUCUGACAAGGACACACACAUCAACGGGUACUUCAUCCCGAAGAACACGGCAAUCAUGACCAACAUGGACUCUCUGAUGAUGGGACCGGAAGUGGGAGACGAUCCAACAGAGUUCAGACCAGAACGAUUUCUUACAGAAGACGGGAGGCCAUUUUAUCCUAAAUGGUUCUUGCCGUAUUCAACAGGUUGGUCAUUAUAUAGUCUUGCAACUCUUCAAAACAGCACAUUUAAUGUUGCAUGAUGAUGACUUUAGCAUACUUAAAAGAUUCAAAAACAUUUUAGAAUAACUAAUUUGUAUAUAAAUUUGCAUUCUGAUUAUGUAACAUAAUCCAAACACAUUAUAUAUAUAUUUUUAUAUAACUUGACAGUAAACAUACCAUUUAUUGAUAAAAAGAGGCGCCAUCUUUGGGCAUUGUCCUGGUCGCAGAUUUCCAUUGACACGGGCCUUACGACAAAUAAAAAUGUCCUAAAUUUAAAAAAAAAAAAAAACAUUCCAUUCUUUUUAUUUUUUAAAUGUUUAACUAGGAUUUCAAACGCUAUGUGGUGGUCGAUAGUAGAUAGAAAUUUAUCAUUCAAACUGCUGUAUAAUGAUAGAAUAUAGAUAGUGGCAAGUUGAAGACAUUGUUGUAAAAUAUAAGUCACCUCCACUCAAUCAGAAAUAAAAGUAGGCUAGUUGCCCUAAGCUAUUAUUAUAGAAUACAUCAAUAUAUCAAUUUCCCAUUUCCCAUACAGCUGUAGAUAAAUCCUAAAUGAUAAUUUUUGUCAUUUAAUUGUCACGUCAGCUAUUAUAUUUGUAUCCCCCCAGGUAAAAGAAUGUGCCCAGGAGUUAGUAUUGCCAAGAAAGAAUUGCUCGGCUUGGCUGUUGGGCUUCUCUCAAAGUUCCACUUCAGUGCCCCUGUGGUGGAAGGCAAAGAAGUGCUGCCGUCUUUGGUCGGUGUGAUGGGCUUGACAAAAGCGCCACUUCCAUUUAAGCUGUGCGUUCAGUCGGUGUAAAGGUGUUGUGUUUCCACAGGCGUGUCAACGACACACUACAUUCUUUGAGUUCUACUGGAUGAACAAACAUUGUUCACACCGAACACAACAACAUGACAAUCGUGAUCAUAACGCAUGUGUAAUUCCUUGAAAUUGUGAUGCAGUCAUGCGAUUAGAGAAUUUUCACGCACAUCAAUUUAACGUAAUCAAAUUUUAACCAAGUGCAUCCUCUUUAUAUUCAACAUGCGUCAUAAAUCAUAGAUUUUGGUUUUCAUCCGUUAACAUUUGUAAGUUACUAAAGCUAUAGAGAAAAUAAAACGUGAUCAAAAAUUCAGUUUGACGGCGUCGAGUGGUUGUGCUAGAACACUCACGUGACUAAACUAUGGAGUAGAUCUGCUCUGAAAUCUGUGAUAAUGCUGGCUUUCGGGGAAGUUUGAAGAGUUCAACUUCCCCUAACAAUUUCCCACUAGGAACAAACUGCAAAGUUUUUUUUUAUACUGACGCUAUAGGAGUAGUUAUACAUCGAUGCGCGCUUUUAACUUGUGCUAAGACAGGUUGCAGUCUAUUACAGGGUUGUAUAUUCCAAGCUUUGGUUCGCCAUUUUUUUGUAUACAUUGAGAUUCAUGUUUAGACAAAAAUGAGAUCUAGUUGGACGAUAAAUAAAUGCAGGGUAAAAAAAAAAACAUUGUUGAAAAGGGAAAAAAAAAGUGUGUGGAGGGUGGGGGGGAGGGGGCACUAAUACACGUUCCAUUUGUAACGAGGAAACUUUAAAACGUGUGGGUGCCUAAUUCGGGUUAUGUGAAAUUUAAUAAGGUCAGAUACAGAUCUAGAUUGUAAAAUGUGUUUCAGUGAUUCAAUAAACCCCCUGUAGGUUUCAGUUCCAAAUGUUCUAUAGAUUUGAUUCAUGGGUUUACAUUGAAAUCUUUUCAAGUUAUUUAAAUUUACCCGAAAACAAUCCAUCUCUUAUUUAUGCAAAGCAAUAUUUGGAAAUGAAAAAAAAAAAAGGCCACAUAUUUUUAAAUAAAUAAAUAAUAAAUUGAAUCAUAAACGAUAAAGGACUAACAGCCCCUGCUGAUUUCUUUAGUUUCGUGGUUGUUUUUUUUAAAAAACCACCAUGGUGUGCUAAAAUUUUUUUGAAUUUAAAUCAAACGCUACUUUCAAUAAGUGAAACUUUAAGUUGAAUUUUAUUUCUUAAAAAAAAAAAGGCCACAUAUUUUUAAAUAAAUAAAUAAUAAAUUGAAUCAUAAACGAUAAAGGACUAACAGCCCCUGCUGAUUUCUUUAGUUUCGUGGUUGUUUUUUUCAAAAGACCACCAUGGUGUGCUAAAAUGUGUUUGAAUUGAAAUCAAACGCUACUUUCAAUAAGUGAAACUUUAAGUUGCAUCUUAUUUCUAUCCAUUCCGAAUGUACAUUGUAAAAAUAUGCCACCUGGGUUUUAUUUUUAUUUAUCCGUAAUCUAUUUUUUUUUCCCUUAAUAUAAUCCGUACGGAUGGCAUUGUUGAAUUUAAAAAAAUUAAAUUCACGUGAUAUUACGUACAACAGACAGAAACAAAUAAAUAUAUGUAUAUUGCACGAGUAUAUCCUUAAUCAUUGAGUUUUGCACUUGAGGAAAAAAGUAUUUCCUGAAAAAAAGUAUUAUAAAGUCCCUUAGCAAGGAUAAAAGGAUGUAUACUAUGUAUCUUUCUAUUUGAAAUUCUAUUUGAAAUAAAUAACUUUUU